CCCAAAAAUUAAUCAGAAUUUUUCAGAGCACACUCAUAUUGCUGAAAACAACAAUGAACUUGCUGUUUUUCUUUUUCUUCCUGGGAGCUUGUUCCUUGGGGCUAACGAAUGCUAGUACCCUCUCGCCAGAAGAAUCGCGACGCUUCAUGGAAUGUUUCCACAAGUGCAAAGCUGACAAAUGGACAUGCCAAAAGAAGUGUACUUGCGAGCCAGUCAUGCGAGGCGAAGGAUGCUGAGCUCAUCGAGGCCCUAAUACGUGCUUGGGCGCAUGGAAAAUGCGAGAAUUCACCCGCGUACGACAUGGGUUGGACUAGCAGAUCGAGGAUAGCUGGAUAA